CAAAAUCAUAUUUUAUUAAUCUCUCAAUGUAGAAAGAGAGCAAACAAAUAUGUAAAUAUGAACAGCUGGGCGUCAUGUUAUUAUGAUGUUUAAGAAACAAAAUUGAAUUUACUUGUUAAAAAUUUUAUAAGUCAAUAAAAAAAAAUUUACAACAAAACAUGGAGAAGUUAGAAGUUUUGAAAAUGUCUUCAAUGCGUCCACGCACUAAUAUAUUAGACAGGCCUUUAUCGAAAGGCAAGUCGGAAGUAUCGCACGCAAUUGUAGCUUUGCUAUUUAGUGAAGUCGUGCAAUAUUGUCAAUCGCGUGUUUAUACAGUUCCCGAAUUGCAAAACAGAUUACACGUCAUGGGCCAAGAUCUUGGUACCCGUAUUAUUGAUUUGCAUUUUAUGCGUGAGCGCAGCUUAAAACGUGAAACCAAACUUACGCAAAUGUUAUUGUUUGUCAAGACCACAGUCUGGAAGAACUUAUUUGGUAAAGAGGCUGAAAAGUUAGAGCAUGCCAACGAUGAUGAACGCACUUAUUACAUUAUUGAAAAGCAACCAUUGGUUAAUACAUUUAUAAGCGUGCCAAAGGAUAAAGGUUCAUUGAACUGCGCGAAUUUUACCGCCGGCAUAGUGGAAGCAGUUCUUACUCACUGUGGCUUCCCUUGCAAGGUAACUGCCCAUUGGCAUAAGGGGACUACAUAUAUGGUCAAAUUUGAAGAUUUUGUUAUAGCCCGCGACAAGCAAUUGGAAGAUAAAUAAAUAACACAACUUUUCCAAUAAUGAAUGAAAUCUUCGACUUUUAUUAACCUAGCA